CAAUUUAUUCUCUGUAUGGCUCAGCUGUUUACUGUCAAUUGAAAACGUAAAAACAAACGAUUUGAGGACUACUUUUAGCGCUUUUACUGAAAUGGACAUUAAAAUUAAAAUACUUGUAGCUGGUGAUGUGCGCGGUCGUUUUCGUCAACUCUUUCAGCGUGUAGAGAGUAUAAACAAAAAAGCGGGACCCUUUGAAAUAUUACUAUGUGUUGGUGAGUUUUUUGGCACAGUAGAGCAAAGCGAUGAAUUGAUCGCCUUUAAAAAUGGCAAUAAACACGUGCCUGUGCCUACGUAUAUACUCGGCCCUUGCUCAAAGGAAACAGCGCAAUUCUACAAUAAUAUACAGGAUGGUGAAAUUUGUAGUAAUUUAACGUAUUUGGGUAAACGUGGUUUAUAUACUCUAAGCUCUGGUGUAAAAAUUGUUUAUUUAAGUGGUCUUGAGAAGCCCGAAAAAUUCAAAACUACAGAUGACGAUGAAAAUAUAUAUUUUGAUAAAGAUGAUAUAUUAUCGAUACGUAACUCCUGUAUAGUUAGUAAAAGUUCUGCCUCUGAUUAUAAAGGUGUUGAUGUGCUGCUCACCUCACAGUGGCCAUAUGGUAUGAUGGAAGAGAAUCAAAAUGCCUCAAAGUUGAUCUCAUUUUUGUGUAAGGAAAUCAAACCACGUUAUCAUUUUUGUGGUCUCAACAGCAAAUACUAUGAACCGGCGCCGUUUAGAAUACCUGCGGAUCAACUUACUCAGUUAGAACUGUGCACAAGAUUUAUCUCUUUAGCUGAUGUGGGUAAUGCUGCUAAAGAGAAAUAUAUUUAUGCUUUAAGUUUGACGCCAGUGGAGAAAAUGCGUGUGCUAGAACUUAUACAAAAGACGACAAAUGAAAUCAAAUGUCCAUUUGUUGGCAUGAAUUUUCACGAAUUCACUGGACAAGGCGAGCAAUCGGACAACAAACAAUAUUUCUAUGAUAUGCAAGGUGGCGGUGAAGAUAAUCGUAAGCGUGGUGGCGCCAGAGGUCAACGGCAUGACAAGCGUCCAAGAAUUAUGAAUAUUGAUCAAGAAAAAUGUUGGUUCUGCUUAUCCUCACCGGAAGUUGAAAAGCAUUUAGUGAUUUCAAUUGGCGAUAAUUUCUAUUUGGCUUUAGCUAAGGGACCAAUCAAUGAAUUUCACGUGCUCAUUAUGUCCAUAACGCAUAUUUCGUCAGCUUCGUUGCUCGCUGAAGACGAUUGGAAGGAACUUGUGAAAUUUAAGAAGGCAUUACGUGAUUUCUUUCGUUCACAGGGACAGGUGGUUUGCUUUACUGAACGCCACUAUAAAUCAUCUCAUUUACAAAUUAACGCAUUAGGCAUUGACGAAGGUUAUGCCUGGAAAAUUAAACAUGCUUUUGAGGACAAAUCUGAAGAAUUCAAUUUGCAAUUGGAAACAUUGCCUGCUCUUACAUCAUCGCAGAUGUUGCCACAACAGGGAGCGUAUUUCGUUGCAGAGCUUCCUGAUGAGAGCACAUUAUUAACGCGCCAAAUGAAACAUUUUCCAUUGCAUUUUGCACGUGACGUAUUUUGCUCCGAAAAUUUACUUAAUUGUGAGGAGAAAGUGGAUUGGAAGGAUUGCAAGUUGGAUAAGGAGGAAGAAAUUGAAAUGGUAAAGAGUUUUCGAAAAAAAUUUCAAAAGUACGAUUUUACGCUUUAGUUUUUCUCCUUUUUUUGUGGAUUAAAAGGGUUA